GUCGAGCGGUAUUGCAACGGUCAGCCCCCUCUGGGUCUCAAUGUGGCCGUUCACGGGUCUAUACCGCCCAGUAGUGGUCUGUCCAGCUCGUCAGCCAUGGUCUGUGCCUCGGCUUUCGCCACAAUAAUAGCCUUUCACCAAAAGACCAACCUGCUGUCCAUACCCAUCGAUAAGCUCGAGAUCACUCAACUGUGCAUUAAGUCCGAGCGUUACAUCGGCACCGACUCGGGCGGUAUGGAUCAGGCCAUAGCCAUACUGGCCGAGGAGGGCAGCGCUAAGUACAUUGAGUUCAUACCGGAGCUGACGGCCGUCAACGUGCGCCUACCAGAAGGGGUCGACUUCUACAUCUCCCACUGCGGGGUAUCCAUGAAUAAGGCCGCCACCGCCUACUAUAAUACCCGAGUGGCCGAGACACGACUGGCCGCCGCAUACAUCGCAAAAAAACUCAAUAUAUCCGGCUAUAGGCUGGGCGACCAGCUAUGGGUCGUACAACAGGCCAGUGCUAUACCGCUGGCCCUUAUGGGCGACAAACUAAAGGAGAUCUUCGACCCAAACAAACACUCGUAUAAGGCCAGUUGGAUGCACUGA